AGCUAAUUUGCCUUAGUCCUACAGAAACUUUAUAAUUUAUAGGAACAAAGACUAAGAAAUAUGUAUGUGGAUUUGGUUGGGCUGUAAUAGCCAGAGUUAUAAUUUCAGUUUUUCUUCUGGUUGUGCAAGUUGGACACAAUACCUUUAUUUUAUUUAUUUUUUAUGUAGUGCUGAGGAUUGAACCCAGGGUCUCUCACGUUAGGCGAGUGCUCUACCGCUGAGCCACAACCCCAGCCCCAAUUUCAGUUUUUCAAUCUUGGCUGCCACCCGCCUAGAAUUUGGGGGCAGCAAUUCAGCUUCCAUUCUCAGAAAGAGGAAGCUGGAAUGGAAACCAGGAAAUAGGGAGGGGGAAAAAAAAAAACAACCCGGGGGCUUCUAAUCUCAAAGGUGCCCCGUUAUAAUACCAUUAUCUGGCCUAAAAUUUUAUUUUCAGGUAAAGUUUUUUGGCAGGAUCUCGUCAUGGUAGAUGGUGUGUAUUUCCUAUCACAGCACAUUAGAAGGCACAACGUCUGGGCGCUCCCCCAUUUAAAGCUAUGACACCAGUAGUUACCUGCAGAGCCCUGACCCAGCCCAAACACUUUAAAAUGAGACUUCAGCAUUCUGAGAACCCAUCCUAUUCACUGGGCGGGGUCUCGCUGGUUACACGAUGCGCGUGCGCAGAGUUGAACCUUCUCAGCUGCCGUACUCCGUCUUUUCACGUGCGAACUAGGUUGUCAUGGCGGCUGUUCGGAAGCCGGUGCUGCUCGGGCUUAGAGACCUGGCAGUGCAAGGCAGCCCUACCGGGCCAAGUGCCUGGACUGCUAGCAAGCUGGGUGGCAUUCCGGAUGCCCUGCCUGCCGUGGCCGCGCCGAGGCCUGUGUGUGAACGCUGCAAGGAGCCACAAACUCUGGUCGUGCAGGUGUACUGCCCCCUGGAAGGCUCCCCAUUCCAUCGGCUACUGCACGUGUUCUCUUGCGCGCGCCCCAAGUGCGGCGACAGCGGGCCGCGCAGUUGGAAGGUGUUCCGCUCCCAGUGCCUGCAGGUGCAUGAGAAAGAGGCACAGUUUUUUUAGUGAUGGUAAUGAAAAAUAUGAGAAGACCAAAAUUAAAAGCGGAGAUCAAAUGUUUUACAAAUUCAUGAAGAGAAUUGCUGCUUGUCAGGAGCAGAUUUUGAGGUAUUCCUGGAGUGGAGAGCCACUCUUUUUGACCUGCCCUACGUCAGAAAUCACUGAUAUCCCAGCCUGUAGCCACUGUGGAGGACAAAGAAUAUUUGAAUUUCAGCUUAUGCCAGCACUGAUCAGCAUGCUUCAAAGUGCUAAUUUAGGUCUUUCUGUGGAAUUUGGAACAAUUCUAGUUUACACAUGUGAGAAGAGUUGCUGGCCUCAAAAUCAUCAGACUCCCAUGGAAGAAUUUUGUAUUAUACAAGAAGACCCAGAUGAAUUACUGUUUAAGUAGAAAAUUCCCUUUUAUUUAUACAAAUUAAAACAAAUGUUAAUAUGCAAA